GCUGCGCUCGCUCCAGCCCGAGCUCGGGAGCAGCGGGCGUUGGAACCCGCGAGCGAGCUGGAAAACUGAGAUCGCGACACCGGCCCUCCGCCGCCGCCCCCACCACACCCCGCUCUGGAGCAGCUUCCAUCCUCCGGUCCACCCCAGAAUCCCAGAGACUCCGGGCGACUGGGCAGCGGGGUCCCCGUCCCGACCCCCAGAGGACGCGCGCGGCGCUGGGCGAGAUCCGCGAGCCGCGGGGGGCCUCGGCGGAGGGCGCAGACCUGCGGAGCUUGAAGCUGCCCUCCUCUGGUCUUGACUUGGAGGAUCCUAACCUCGCAGAGGUCAGGCUCCCAUCGUUCGGAAAAGGAUGGCCCAUCCUUCUGAUUCCUGUGGCAUCUCUUCAAUAUGCUUGGAGCUGGGAACACCCACGGGAGCCAUCCACACCUGCCCCCAGCUCCUCACAGGACCCCCUGCUUGCCCCCUAUUUUAAGCCUGGAGCCCUGUCAUUUCAGCAUCAUGGGCAAUAUGCCUCGUGCUUUUCGCAACAGAAAUAAGUGAAUAUUGCUACUCUUGUUCCUGUAACACAUGGUCUCGGAGACAGCGUUGCAGAGAGAGACACGGUGCUGCCCGUCUCUAGAUCCAGCAGAAAAGUGGAGCUGGUCUUCAUCCUGGCCCUGGAGGAAGCGAGUUGGGCUGCAAUAUCGGAAGAGCUGAAGCCCCACCUGGGAGCAGGGUGGCGGCCAGGGCCAUGGUGGGAGCCCUGAAGAUGCCCCAUGGCUACUGAGGCUGACGAGGCCACUCGCGCAGGGAGCAGAGUGGUGGGCAUGGUGGGCAGCCUGUGGGUCCUGGUCCUGGGGCCCUCAGUUCUGGCUCUGGAAGAGGUGCUGCUGGACACCACGGGAGAAACCUCUGAGAUCGGCUGGCUCACCUACCCUCCAGGAGGGUGGGAUGAGGUCAGCGUUCUGGAUGACCAGCACCGCCUGACCCGGACCUUCGAGGCGUGCCAUGUGGCGGGGGUCCCUCCAGGCACCGGGCAGGACAACUGGCUGCAGACACACUUUGUGGAGAGGAGAGGGGCCCAGAGGGCACACAUCCGCCUCCACUUCUCCGUGCGAGCGUGUUCCAGUCUGGGCGUGAGCGGGGGUACCUGCCGGGAGACCUUCACUCUCUAUUACCGGCAGGCUGAGGAAGCUGACAGCUCCGACAGCAUUUCAGCUUGGCAUCUCAAGCGCUGGACCAAGGUGGACACAAUUGCAGCUGAUGAGAGCUUCCCUGCCUCUUCCUCCUCCUCCUCCUCCUCCUCUUCCUCGUGGCCUGUGGGGCCCCACAGGACUGGUCAGCGAGGGGGACUGCAGCUGAAUGUCAAAGAGCGCAGCUUUGGGCCUCUCACUCAGCGAGGCUUCUACGUGGCCUUCCAGGACACCGGGGCCUGCCUGGCCCUUGUAGCCGUGAAGCUCUUUGCGUACACCUGUCCUUCUGUGCUGCGCGCCUUUGCCUCUUUCCCUGAGACGCAGGCCAGCGGAGCUGGGGGGGCCUCCCUGGUGGCAGCCGUGGGCACUUGCGUAGCUCACGCAGAGCCAGAGGAAGACGGAGUCGGAGGCCAGGCAGGGGGCAACCCCCCCAGGUUGCACUGCAACGGGGAGGGCAGGUGGAUGGUAACUGUCGGAGGCUGCCGCUGCCAGCCUGGGCACCAGCCUGCCCGUGGAGACAAGGCCUGUGCAGCUUGUCCCGAGGGAUCCUAUAAGGCCCUGGCCGGGAACAGCCCCUGCUCACCAUGCCCAGCCCGCAGCCACUCCUCUGACCCUGCAGCCCUCAGUUGCCCCUGUCUCCACGGUUUCUACAGGGCCAGUUCUGACCCACCCGAGGCUGCCUGCACCGGCCCUCCAUCAGCUCCCCGCGAGCUUUGGUUCGAGGUGCAAGGCUCCGUCCUCAUGCUUCACUGGCGCCUGCCGCAGGAGCUGGGCGGCCGAGGGGACCUGCUCUUCAAUGUGGUGUGUAAGGAGUGUGGGGGCCACCAGGAGCCAGGCGGCGGCGGCAGCAGCAGCAGCAGCAGCAGCAGUGGGGCCACGUGUCGCCGUUGCAGGGAUGAGGUGCAUUUCGACCCCCGUCAGCGGGGCCUGACAGAGAGCCGAGUGUUAGUCGGGGGGCUCCGAGCGCACGUGCCCUACAUCUUGGAAGUGCAGGCCGUCAAUGGGGUGUCUGAGCUCAGCCCCGACCCUCCUCAGGCGGCAGCCAUCAAUGUCAGCACCAGCCAUGAAGUGCCCUCCGCGGUGCCCGUGGUGCAUCAGGUGAGCCGGGCAGCCAACAGCAUCACAGUGUCCUGGCCGCAGCCUGACCAGGCCAAUGGCAACAUCCUUGACUACCAGCUCCGCUACUACGACCAGGCAGAAGACGAAUCCCACUCCUUCACCCUGACCAGCGAGACCAACACGGCCACGGUGACACGACUGAGCCCUGGCCACAUCUACGGCUUCCAGGUGCGAGCACGCACUGCCGCGGGCCAUGGCCCCUACGGGGGCAAAGUCUAUUUCCAGACCCUGCCUCAAGGUGAGCUGUCCUCCCAGCUUCCAGAGAGGCUGUCCUUGGUGAUCGGCUCCAUCCUGGGGGCCUUGGCCUUCCUCCUGCUGGCGGCCAUCACUGUCCUGGCUCUCAUCUUCCAGCGGAAACGACGUGGGACUGGCUACAGCGAACAGUUGCAGCAGUCCAGCAGUCCAGGGCUUGGGGUAAAAUACUACAUUGACCCCUCCACAUAUGAAGACCCUUACCAAGCCAUCAGAGAACUUGCCCGGGAGGUGGAUCCUGCAUAUGUCAAGAUCGAGGAAGUCAUUGGUGCAGGCUCCUUUGGAGAAGUGCGCCGGGGCCGACUGCAGCCACGGGGACGGAGGGAGCAGGCUGUCGCCAUCCAGGCCCUGUGGGCAGGGGGUGCCGAGAGCCUGCAGAUGACUUUUCUUAGUCGGGCUGCCCUGCUGGGCCAGUUCCAGCACCCCAACAUCCUGCGGCUAGAAGGUGUGGUCACCAAGAGCCGGCCACUCAUGGUGCUGACGGAGCUCAUGGAGCUGGGACCCUUGGACAGUUUCCUCAGGCAGCGGGAAGGCCAGUUCAGCAGCCUGCAGCUGGUGGCCAUGCAGCGAGGAGUGGCCGCCGCCAUGCAGUACCUGUCCAGCUUUGCCUUUGUGCACCGCGCGCUGUCCGCCCGAAGCGUGCUGGUGAACAGCCACCUGGUGUGCAAGGUGGCCCGGCUUGGCCACAGUCCUCAGAGCUCAAGUUGCUUGCUUCGCUGGGCGGCCCCAGAGGUCAUUACACACGGGAAACACACAACGUCCAGUGACGUCUGGAGCUUUGGAAUCCUUAUGUGGGAAGUGAUGAGUUAUGGAGAACGGCCCUACUGGGAUAUGAGUGAGCAGGAGGUACUAAAUGCAAUAGAACAAGAGUUCCGGCUGCCCCCACCUCCAGGCUGCCCCCCUGGGCUGCAUCUGCUGAUGCUGGACACUUGGCAGAAGGACCGUGCCCGGCGGCCUCACUUUGACCAGCUGGUGGCCGCAUUUGACAAGAUGAUUCGCAAGCCGGACACCCUACAGACUGACGGGGACUCUGGGGACAGGCCUUCCCAGGCCCUUCUGAAUCCCGUGGCCUUGGACUUUCCUUGCCUGGAUUCUCCCCAGGCCUGGCUUUCAGCCAUUGGACUGGAAUGCUACCAGGAGAACUUCUCCAAGUUUGGCCUCUGUUCCUUCAGCGAGGUGGCUCAGCUCAGCCUGGAAGACCUGCCAGCCCUGGGCAUCACCUUGGCGGGCCACCAGAAGAAGCUGCUGCACAACAUCCAGCUUCUCCAGCAGCACCUGCGGCAGCCCGGCUCUGUGGAGGUCUGAGCGAAGCCUGGGCAGGAGCCCCUAGGAGCCCAGGGCGUCCUGAGCCAAUCCCGGCACUGGCUUGAGGAGGAAUGCGGCAAGAGGGAACCAAGCUCUGCCUUGGCCUCCACGUGUACCUACUGAAUCCAGUGCUCCAGACACUGCAUCCUCCAAUCCUCCCCUUCCAUCAGCCACCCCCAAAUUAAAGGGAAAAAAAAAAGGAAAUUUGUAGGUGUU